AAGUCUAGAAAAAUUUGGAUGCUCUCCAUCAAAGGAGAUAGCAAUUAUGUCCCGGUUUCCUCUUGCCUUUGGCUUGCUGGUUUGUAACCAGUUGGGAUCAGUCGCCUCUGCUGGAGAGUCCUUGUUUCCGUUAAAGCAGAGAGUUCAGGCGGGAAUUGAGGACUACAUCAACAAGAAUGCUGUUCUUGAUGCGAAAAGUGGAGAACAAGAGCAAUUACUUCAAAAUGCUGCUCUGACGUCGAAACGACUUUCUGCUGAGUUGCUCCGACCCUUCAUGGCCUUGAAGGAGUAUCGCAAGAAGAACAAUGAUCUUGUUUCCGGAAGUAGAACGACAGCUUCUACAUUGUUCAAAAGAGGAGCAUCAGCAUCUAGUACAACAACUCCUCUUCCAGGAGCAGCAGUCCAAGAACUUCUACAACAAGGUUCCAAAAACUGUGACUUCGAAUGCGCAGCAGCAGGUAUCGUCGGCUAUUUUGCUUGUGCGGGUGGCUGUGUUGCGGCACUGAAGCCGGGAGCUGCGAUUGGCUGUAUCACUUUGGCUUGUCCCCCGAUCGUAGCAGCAGCGACGGAAACAUGCUUGAAAGUGAACCCGGAGUGUCAGCCGAAAGAUGGAGGUAACACUAGUUGUGCUACAACUAGAGCUUGCAUUUGUUUUACAUUUUUCUUUUUGUUUCUGCCCACCGAAUUUGCUUCAAGGAAUUUCAAUGCUGUCUGUAAUGAUAGCUGUAGUAUGCAAGGAAUUUCAAUGCUGUCUAAUGAUAGCUGUAGUAUGCAGAGGUAUCUUCAUUCAAGCGAUACAAACACUGCUUACAUGUACAACUUGAGGACGAUUUCUCAUGGCAUCACAUCUCCAGGUUUGCAAAGUUUUUCAUGGCAGUCACUGCAAGGGACGCAAGUUGCGGACUUGAUUCACGGUGUAAAAUCUGGACGACAUCAAGCGUCUCUGCAGCGCCUUUUCGGCGAACUAGAGGUCGAGGAUUUGAUGGAGAAGUCUGCCCAAGCUGUGCUCGAUUCCCAUCCGGAAGUUCAGGACCAGGGAGUAGAGCUCAUACUCAAUGACAUUUAUGUGUGAUCAGUCGUUUUGAUGGGAACUACAUAGGAAACGAUCACAUUUUGUAGGACAAGACUUUAGGACAAGACUUGUGGAGAAAGCGACACGACGUCAUAGACAAAAAAAAUUCAACUGCGAAAAAAUUGAACAAAAUAUGCAACCUUGAUGGUAGUGUGUCGCAGUCGCUAUAUUUGGUAUUCUGAAGACAAGACUAGAAAGAAACCUCUGUAGUAGCCGCAGGACGAAGGACAAAGAAGGAUGAUCUAGAAUAAAAUCACAUAUUACAUACAACACAUGGUCCAUAAUUUUUCCGUGUGCACGGUAAAGCUAACACCAGUCACGUCAAUGAAGGUGCU